GUAAGUGAUCAUCGUUUUCGAUCUUUUUGUUGGUCACACGAACUGAGAAUCAAUGGCGACUCGCUCGCUCUUCCAUGGUCUUAGAUGUCGAUUGACAAAUGGAGUUUUCGAAAGCAAUUUCAUUCGGAACGCCGAAGCUUCGCUAUUCUCGAAGUCGUACAGUGCUGAUACUGCAAUCGGAAGCUCGUUUGUCGAGGAAUCGUUUGAUUCGGUGGAAAAAGACGAUCUGAGAAGCAGGAUUUUCAGAUUGAGACUUCCAAAGCGGAGCGCGACGACUGUUCUCGAGAAAUGGGCUGGCGAAGGGAAUCAGAUUUCGGUCACUGAACUUCGAUAUAUCUCCAGAGAGCUUAAGAGAACUCGGCGUUACAAGCACGCUCUCGAGAUUAUAGAGUGGAUGGUUCACCAUGAGGAAUCUAAGAUCUCAGAUGCUGAUUACGCUUCACGCAUAGAUCUGAUUUCAAAAGUUUUCGGUAUCGAUGCAGCUGAACGCUACUUUGAGGGUCUGCAUCUAGCUAGUAAGACAACUGAAACCUAUACUUCUCUCCUUCAUGCUUAUGCUGGCUCCAAACAAACCGAGCGAGCCGAGGCCUUGUUCAAGAGAAUCAUAGAGACUGAUAGUCUCACUUUCGGUGCCAUCACAUACAACGAGAUGAUGACUUUGUACAUGUCAGUCGGGCAAGUUGAGAAAGUACCCGAGGUCAUCGAAGUGCUAAAGCGCAAAAAGGUUUCCCCGGACAUUUUUACUUACAACCUGUGGCUUAGUUCAUGUGCUGCAACCUUUAACAUAGAUGAGCUGAGAAAGAUUCUGGAAGAGAUGAGGCGUGAUGCUAGUUCCUACGAGGGUUGGGCUCGGUAUAUCGAUCUUACUAGUAUCUACAUAAACAGUAGUAGACUAAGUAGUGCAGAGUCCAGCUCACCUGUCGAAGCUGAGAAAUCUAUUUCACAAAGAGAAUGGGUCACAUAUGACUUCCUUUUGAUUCUGCAUACUGGAUUAGGAAACAAGGAUAUGAUAGAUCAGAUUUGGAAGUCUCUGAGAAACACUAACCAGAAAUUGAGCAGCAGAAGCUACAUUUGUGUUCUUUCAUCUUAUCUAAUGCUUGGUCAUUUGAGAGAAGCCGGGGAUGUUAUAGAUCAGUGGAAGGAGUCUAAAACGACAGAGUUUGACGCUUCUGCUUGCUCGAGGAUCUUGAAUGCUUUUCGAGAUGUCGGGUUAGAGGAAAAAGCCAAUGACUUUCAGUUGCUCUUGGUUCAGAAGAAAUGCAGCUUAGAAAACGAGGUAUCGUAAGAUUGGGCCUCUGAGACAAUAAGUUGUGAAAAACGUAUGGUAUUGGCGAGAAUCAGAUCAAGCUCAUCAAUAAAACAGGAUUUCUUUCUCUUCGCUGUAAUUUUAAUUUUUUUUUUUUGUUUGUGCUUUUGCCAUUUGACCAGGUUUAUUAUAUAUCAUGUCUAAUUCCAAAGUUCCGAGUUUUACCAAGAUACAUAUCGUGCAUGUUUGUUGUAUCCUACAAGUCUUCAAAACUUGUUUCUGUAUCGAGGAAUGAUAAUUGG